CGGAAAUGACGUCAAAGUUAAAAGUUCACCUUUCGGUCUUUUUGGCAGCCAUGUCGAGUUUUAUGAAGGUGCUGGUGAUUGAUGGGAGAGGUCAUCUACUUGGACGUCUGGCGUCCAUAGUAGCCAAGAACCUCCUCCAAGGUCAGAAGGUGGUCGUAGUACGAUGUGAGCUCAUCAACAUCUCGGGCAGCUUCUACAGGAACAAGCUGAAGUACAUGCAGUUCAUGCGCAAGCGCACCAACACCAAGCCCUCUCGUGGGCCCUACCAUCUCCGUAGCCCCAGCCGUAUGUUCUGGAGAGUCAUCAGGGGAAUGUUGCCACACAAGAGAACACGUGGUGUGGAAGCCCUGGAAAGGCUCAAGGUCUUUGAAGGAUGUCCUGCCCCCUACGACAGGAAGAAGCGGUUCGUUGUCCCCUCUGCUCUGAGAGUUAUGCGACUCAAACCCAAGAGGAAGUUCUGCCAACUUGGCCGUCUUGCUCAUGAGGUCGGCUGGAAGUACAAGAACAUCGUCGAGGCUUUGGAGGAGAAGAGAAAGGCCCGCGCCCAUCUGCACUACCAGAAAGAACAGAGGAAAGUGGCCCUGCGAAGGAAAGCGGUAAAGAGUGUUGGAGACAAAAUCGCCCCCUACCAGAAGAUCAUUGAAGGCUAUGGCUUCCAUUGAAACACAUCUAUCAAUGAACUGUUAAGACCAUGAUCACACCAAGUGUUCAUUCUGCAGUGAAUAAAGUCACAUGCAAAAAAAAGAAGGAAACGAGUGUCAAUGUGUCUUUUUGAGUCUGGACGGCCUCAAUAAGUUUCUAGUUUGUCUUCUGUUCAAUUGUCCCUACCGGACAUACAGGUAACUCUCCCAGGUAAAUUGCUGAUUGCCCUACACCUCAUUCUCUUCGUCUUUGCGUCUCCUCUCAUCCCACUUGGUCUAAUCUUUAUUCAUCGGCAACCAGUUCGUCUACUUAAAGGACAAAUCCACCCCAACAAAAAGUUGAUUUGAAUGAAAAGAGAAAAUGCAACAAGCACAACACUGAAAAUUUCAUCAAAAUCGGAUGUAAAUUAAGAAAGUUAUGACAUUUUAAAGUUUCGCUUAAUUUCACAGAACAGUUAUAUGCACAUCCUGGCUGGUAUGCAAAUGAGGAGACUAUGAGGUCAUCCACUCACUAUUUCUUUUGUAUUUUAUUAUGUGAAAUAUGAAAUAUUCAAAUUUUCUCAUUGUCAAGUGAUAAAACAAUUAAUUCCUCCCUGAACAUGUGGAAUUAGCAUGUGGUUCAGUCAAGUUGGUCCUUAUUGUCAAAUAUCUAAAAAAUGAAAUAUUGUAUAAUUCAAACAAAAAACAAAACAAAUAGUGAGUGAUGGACAUCAUCGACUGAGUGACCUACUUAUGCUUAUCACUGUUUUGUGAGAAAUAGUGAAACUUUAAAAUGUCAUAACUUUCUUAUUUUACAUCCGAUUUUGAUGAAAUUUUCAGCACUAUGCUAGUUUGAUUUUCUCUAUGCAAGAAAGCAUUUUCCUGGGGUGGACUUGACCUUUAACAUUUGGUCAUAUUGCCAUUUAACCCAUUUACUAGUUUGCCUAAUUUCUAGUUAGGUCCUACCCAAAUAUUGAUUUGGUUCAAAACCUCUUAGUCUAUGGCCCGUAUUCUGAAGUCAGGUUUAAUUUAGACCAUGGUCUAACUCUGCUAAAAUUAUGGGAAGCCAAACGUGUCAAAAUUCUUAUUAAGUUGUAUGUUUCUUAUGUUCACUGUACAAUCAUCUAUGUAUACUUUCUAGACAAUUAUGAAUGAUUUGAGAGCCAAAUGAACUGAAAUAUGAUAUCUCUAAUGUUAGUGAUUUAUGUAAAAAUUGGCUAUCCAUACUUCAACCAAAUGAGUGCCUAUAAAUACCCUUAGGAAGCAAGAUUAAAUUUAGAUAAAUCAAAUACAGUAA